CAAUCCAUCUCUUCUUAUCUCUGCGCGCACACUCCUCUCCCGUCCCCCAUGGCUUCUCUUCCGGACCACCGCUUCAGACCAAAAACCAGCGCUCCUCUCCGCUUCCCCGCUCGCGCUCUCGCCAAUGCUCUGCCCCUCCAAAUCGCGACCUCCAAUUUCAAAUCCUUCGCUCGGAUUCCACCCCUUUCGUCUCCAGACCGCCUCUCCAUGCAGCUGUCCACCCUAAAGAUCCGACCUUUCUUCCCCGUCCGCGCUUCAACGCACAAGACUUCGCCUCCGUUCACAUCUCCACCUGCUUCUCGUUCGAGCAAAAAGCUGACAUCUUUCGUCGAUCUCCAAGUCGCUUCUUCCACUCUCGCAUUAAUUUCUUCAAUUUCUUUCGCCUUUCCUACCCUCGCAGCUGAAGCGGAUCAGGUUUCGCAGAAGAUUAACAUCGAGCAGAUUCUUGUGUCCAUUGACGAUUUCUUCAACAGGAAUCCAUUUUUUGUCUCCGGCGUCACCGUCAUUUGGCUUGUUGUGAUACCUCUGACGCAGGAGUAUCUGAAGAAAUACAAGUUUAUUAGCGCAAUCGAUGCCUUUCGGAAAUUGAGAGACUUGCCCAAUGCCCAGCUGCUGGAUGUUAGGAAGACGAGGAGUGUCAAGUAUAUGGCUUCCCCCAAUUUGAAGAUUUUGAAUAAGAGUGCGGUUUGGGUGGAGUAUUCGGAAGAGAACGAAGAGGGCUUUGUAAAGGAGGUUCUUCAAAAUUUUGCAGAUCCUCAGAACACUGUCGUUUGUGUUCUUGACAACUUUGAUGUUGAUUCUCUUAAAUUGGCGGAGCUACUUUACAAGAAUGGUUUCAAAGAGGCAUAUGCAAUUAAAGGUGGACUCAGAGGAAAGAAUGGAUGGCAGGAAACUCAAGAAACAUUUCUUCCACCAUCUGUACAUGUUCAUCCUAGAAAGAAGCGCAAAGAAUCAAGAACACAGAUAGAGGUGAAUGGCUCAACUCAAGCUUCCAUUAGGGAUAACCAGGAGGGCUUGAAUUCCAACAAUGCUGCUGUAACUAAGAUCCAUCGUUCAAAACCACUAUCACCCUACCCAAAUUACCCCGAACUGAAACCGCCUUCUUCUCUGUCCCCGACAAAGCCUCCAAGUUGAUGCUGUGGUUUUGCUGUACAAAACUAAGCUUUCACAAGCCUUCUUGUAUGUAACUAAGUUUUCACAAGCUCUGAAACUGAUAGAGUGUAUUCAGUCUUUCUGAUCUUAUUCUACUUUAACCUUGAGCAAUGAAAGAAUUUGAGUUUUGAGUUA